AACGGCCCGCAGACUCCUGCGGCAAUUCAGUUCCAACCUUACCCCGCUGUUUUUUCUCUUCCCAAAAAACCUUCAUCAUAGAACUCAACUAACUCCCAGGAAAACAAUUUCAAAGGCGGUGGAAAAAAGAAAAAGAAAAAUCCUAUCCAACUCAAAAAAGAAUAAACCCUAAACCAUGUGUUUGGGAUUUCAAAUUCAAUUACCAGCUGAGAGGAAAUCGCCGAGUUUGUUUUUCUGAAUUUCGAGGAAAUGAGUGGAGAAGAUGGAAAUAAGCGGGAUAAGGAUAAGGCGUGGUCGUCUCCAAACAAACCGUAUGAAGAUAAAGAAGAGAACAUGAAGAUUUGGGGAAUUUUCCUCUUCGGUGUAAUUGGCGCCACUGCCACCACUUUCGCUGUUGGUCAACUGCGGAGGACUGUUGAUUGGUUCUAUGUUCAGUUGACCAGGUCACAAUCAUCAUGGAAAGGAUCAAGUGGAGGUUCCUUCCGAUCAAGCUUUCAGGAGGAUGCAUGGAAAAGGUAUAAUCGCCGCAUGCAAGAGGAGUAUGAAGAAGAGAUGGAAAGAGUUGAACGAAUAAGGCGGAUGCAAAGUGUGUUCAACAGAGAGAGGAACAAAUACAAAAGGGGCUAUGAGAGCUGGAAGGAAAAUGGUUCGAAUGCAUAUCAUCAACAUUUCCAGAGAGAUGAUUGGUAUUGGAAGGCUGAUACAUCCUUCAGGGAUCAGAAAGCCAAUUACAGGGAAACUCCCAGAGCAAACGCCAGUUAUUCAUUAUCCCAUCAUUACUCAGUUUUGGGUCUUGACAGGUCCAGAAGAACACCAUAUACUGAAGCUGAGAUUAAGAAAGCAUUUAGGGCAAAGGCGAAGCAGUUUCACCCAGACCAGAACCAGAAUAAUAAAGUUGCUGCUGAGGCAAAGUUCAAAGAGGUGAUGACAUCUUAUGAGGCCAUAAAGCAAGAAAGAAAGAGCACAAUGUAAUUUUCCUUACAGUCUCUGCAUCAGAAAUGGUUGAAACUUAGAAGAAUGUAUACGGUAUACGGCUGCACAAUUCAACCAUUUCUUGACUCUCGGCAGAAAAAAUGAUUAACUUGGAAUCAUUUGAGAGUUAGAUUUACUACUAGGCAAUCUAGGCAUAAAUGAUGGUUUUUGAGCAACACAUAAAGGGUGGGUUAUGUAUUUAUAGAGCAUUACCGGCAUGUGUGUCCCUUGUAAUAUGUGGUGUAACAAAUUUCAUGGGAUUUUGUAAUACGUAAUAAUUCAAUUCUGACACGAGAUUACUAGUUCCUUGCUCAUUACUUAUUAAAAAAAAAAAUUACAUUGAGUAUAUAUCGAAUAAUAAUUCAAUUCAGGUGUAAUAAUUGCUUAUAUUUUAGUUGAGUUUAUGCUA